GCUUGGAUUAGUACGCAAACUAAUUUCUUGGUGAAUUCUGCUGCGUCUCACUGAUCCCAUUCGAAAAAAACUCUCUCUCUCUCUCUCUCUCUCUCUCUGAGGUGUCGAGAUUGUGCUGGAACUACGAAGAUCAAGGUCAGGAAUUCAUGGAAGAGGUUGGCCAUGAUCUGCCUGAAGAAGUGGUAAUUGAGAUCCUCUCGAGGUUACCCGUCAAGUCUCUAAUCCGCUUCAGAUGCAUUUGCAAAUUUUGGUGUUCUCUCACAAAAGACUUAAGUUUCAUUGCCAAGCACCUGAAACACCAAGAGGCAGAUAACAAGAAAAACGGCCGUCUCCUUGUUCACUCCUACGACGAAGCCUCCAACAAGUAUAUUUUCUCCUUGUUUCAUGACGAAACCCUUGCUUUGCCUUGUUAUCGAUAUCCGGAUUUAGAGUUAAAUAACGAUGCCACUGUUUUGGGGCCAUGCAAUGGCAUAUUUUGCCUAUUUAAUGGUCGGGAUGCUGUCUCCUUGUGGAACCCUGCAACGAGACAAUUCAGGACUCUUCCACAAUUACCCCUCCCAGAAUUACCCUCAAUUGCGGAAUUGUAUUCAUAUAGCAUCUUUGGAUUCGGAGUGGAUCCAAAAACUAAUGACUACAAGGUGAUUUGGAUUAGGGUUUUCUUAGACGAAGAAGAGUGGUUUGAUAUGGUUAUGCAUGACCACCAUAUACAAGUUGGAGUCUUCUCCCUAAGUAGCGAUUCUUGGAGAGAAUUGGAUAGCAAUCUUGUGCCAGUUCGCGAUGUCUAUUAUUCUAAAUUUUACUCAUACGCAAACGGGUUUUAUUAUUGGUUUGCUGCUGAUGAAGAUGAUAGGUUCAUCCUUUCAUUUGACAUGGUCAAUGAGGUGUUUCUUGCUAUACCAGAGCCUGAUGGUAUACCAGAAAUGGUAGAAGACGUGUCGUGGAAGCGUCUUGCAUUUUAUGAAAACUCCAUUGCUCGAAUUCUUUAUGAUCGUGAGGAAGAGGAGAGAUUCUAUAGCAUAUGGGUGCUGAAGGGGGAGUGGUGGACAAAAGAAGUAACCAUUGGACCUCUUCUUGGAGUCGAAAACCCGCUUGGAGUUUGGAAAGAUGGUGGGUUGCUUCUACAGAGUAGGACUACCGCCGAGCUAGUGGUGUCGGACCCCAUUACUGGAGAAAUAAGAAAUGUUGGAAUAGAGGACCCCGUUCUAGUUUUUAUUUAUUCCGAGAGCCUGGUUUCAGUCGACGGAGGAAAUUAUUCGACGGGAAAAGAUCUUCCUGACUUCUUUGACGUCCCUUCCCGCAAUGUGAAGGAGUUUAUCGAGCGAAAUGCUGCCUUGCGUCAAUGCCAAAGUUCAGAGUUUGAUGGACCUCCCCCACCGCUUUCCCUUGAAGAUCUCUUGCAAGAUGAAUCUGACGUAGAUGUCAGAUUUUUUGUGGUACAAAACCACAUGAACUUCGAUUUCGAAGAGUCUGAAGGUAAAUUGAGAAAUAGCAACUGA